UUCAGUUCUUCCUCGAUUUGAUCGUUUCUUUCUUUCUCUCACUUCGCUUCUCUACAAAACUUUCUCUCUCUCUCUUUUCUUUGCCAGUAACGGCAGAGCGUCAGUGGCAGUGCAAGAAAAGAGGGAGAGAGUUUUCAUCGGGAAGGUAAAGCUCUACCUCAAUGCCUCAAAGAUAACACAUUUCGUAAACCACCGCCUCCUCUUCUUCUAUUUCUGAGAUCUCUCUCUCCUCACCUCGCGUGCGCUCAGCUAUUCUACUGGAAAGCCCUCUCUCUCCCUCUCCACCCCUUUUCUUGUCCUCGCAAGCUGAAUUCACAUAUAGAGUGAGAGAGGCAAGUCUGCGUUUCUGGAAAGACUUAAAUGCUUUUAAGACCAGAAAGAUGAACACCCAUUUCCCAAAGGAAUUCUGAGCAGUCUUUUGCAGACCAGGCAAGUGUGUAAAGCCCACCAAGAUAACAAAACUGACUCACUUCUUGCCACGACUAUUACUACUACUACUACUAUCCCUAUUUAGGAUUUCCUGUAAAAAGGCAGUUUGUAGUAGCAUAAAUCUCGGGAGAGCACUGCUGAUACAAUACCAACAAUCUUUAGAGCAAAAAGAUUGCGUAGGAGAGAGAAAGACGAAACAGAAAGAGAGAUGGGUAAACUUCUUUGUACUACUAGUAUAGCUAAGCACAAGUAAACACAACUAGGAAAGGAUAAGACAGCAGUGUGACAGAGAGAGAUAAUGGAGGGUGGUUCCAAUAGCACUUCUUGUAUGAUGGCUUUUGGAGACAACAGUGAUGGACUAUGUCCUAUGAUGAUGAUGAUGCCUCUCAUGACUUCUCAUCAUCAUCCGCCUCCUCCCCCUCCACCUCCUAACGCAGACUCAUCAUCAAAUACCCUAUUCCUUCCUCUCCCUUCCACCAACAAUCAACACCAAAACCGUAAUAGUGGCAGUGGCUCUUCUGUGCUUCUUGACGAACACAACCACAAUAGCAACAGUAACACCGGCUGUUAUUUCAUGGACAACAACGAUGAUAGCACUGCUUCUGUCAAGGCUAAGAUCAUGGCUCAUCCUCACUAUCCUCGUCUCUUGGUUGCCUAUAUCAACUGCCAAAAGGUUGGAGCACCACCUGAAGUAGUGACUGGAUUAGAAGAAGCUUGUGCAUCUGCAGCGGCAAUGGGCCCAACUGGCACAAGCUGUAUCGGUGAAGAUCCAACCCUUGACCAGUUCAUGGAGGCUUACUGUGAGAUGCUGACCAAGUACGAGCAAGAGCUCUUGAAGCCCUUCAAGGAAGCCAUGCUUUUCCUUCAGAGGGUGGAGUGCCAAUUCAAAGCCCUCACUGUUUCCUCUCCAAAUUCUGCUUGUGGUGAGGCCAAUGAAAGGAAUGGAUCGUCCAAAGAAGAAGUUGAUGUGAACAACAACUUCAUAGAUCCCCAGGCAGAAGAUCAGGAACUGAAAGGUAAGCUACUGCGCAGGUACAGUGGAUAUUUGGGCAGUCUCAAGCAAGAGUUCAUGAAAAAGAGGAAGAAGGGGAAGUUACCCAAAGAAGCCAGGCAACAGUUACUGGAUUGGUGGAGCAGACAUUACAAAUGGCCUUAUCCAUCGGAAUCACAAAAGCUGGCGUUAGCAGAAUCUACUGGUCUGGAUCAAAAGCAAAUCAACAACUGGUUCAUUAACCAAAGGAAGCGACACUGGAAACCAUCUGAGGAUAUGCAGUUUGUGGUGAUGGAUACCACUCAUUCGCAUUAUUACAUGGAUAAUGUUCUCAGUAAUCCAUUCCCAAUGGAUAUCUCUCCUACUUUUCUCUGAACAUGGCCGAAUGUGGUUCAGGGAUUGUUAUUGUUGGAAUGCAAGUGUAUUCGUAAGUAGGCUGUCACUUGACCUGCUAUCAUGGCAAGUGCCAUUAUGCUUCUGGAGGCUACUAAAUGUAAAUGUUAAGCUAGUGGUUCGCUUAUUUAUAUAAGUUUUGAACUGUUCUUAAUUGAAGUAGACGUGAAAUAGUUAGUUGCAGAACUCUCUCAAUGAAGGGAGAAAUUAUUAGGUGCACUUGAUAUAAAUGCAUUAUUUUACGCAA